UGUUGUUUGAGUAUCUUUUCUAUUAAAUAAAUUAGUUAUCGUUGUAGACAUAUAGAUACUAUAGGUUUUGUCUGUGAAGUAAUAUCAAUGAUAAAGAUGUAAAAAUAUGCCGUUUUUGUUUGUCACUUAUCUGAAUGUUAAAUUUUGUACAGAUGUGCUGGUAGUGGCCGAGGUAAUUAAAUCUGAAAAUAAGAAAGAUAUAACAAUAUCGUGGGACAAAACUUGGGAUAAGGAUUCACAUGAUUGCUUGUACAACAAAGAUGAGGAAGUAUUAGGCGAACAUAACAACGAGAUCACCCGGUACUUGGCAAGGACCAUAAAUCCUGCACUUUACGAUGAUACCUGUCCUCAUAAAAGAACUGAAAUCGACCAUUGGAUCUCCUGUGCCAUGGUAUUGCAAAAUAAAGAAAAGAAUAAUGUGUUGAACUAUCUGAAUAAUGUGUUACUGGUACAGACAUGGCUGGUAGGCAAUAGAUUAACAUUGGCCGAUAUUCACGUGUUUUCCGUUUUACAUAAUCAAGAAUAUAUAAAAUUGCAUGAAAGUGAUUAUUGUAACGUCACUAGAUGGUACAAGCAUAUCCAAUCGCUUCCCGUUGUCAGUAACGCGAUAUCUAUGAUUGCAAAGAACUGCUCUCCACCUUCGAAACUGAAGGAAAAAUCUGCCGCCAAGCAGACAAAAACAAGGAAACAGGAAGGCAAGUUUAGCGAUCUACCCGGAGCAGAAAUGGGCAAGGUAGUGGUAAGAUCCCCUCAGUAUUAUACCGAGGCUUUUCAAGGACAGCUCAUCAUCCGAUUUGACGACACAAAUCCAGCGAAGGAGACCGUAGAAUUUGAGGAUGCUAUACUGGAAGAUUUAAGAUUACUGCAAAUUAAGCCUGAUCGUUUUACGCAUACCUCGGAUUACUUUGAGAUGAAGAAGCAAUCCGACAAAGUACGAAAUCUAAGAAGCAUUAUUGAUCAAGAAGUGAAGGUUCUCUUAAAUUUGAUACGUGAUUAUAAAAAUGGGAUUGAUCAGGAUUGUAAAUCAGCUGACACUGAAGUUGCUAGUAUUAAAAGUAAGACAAAGCCAGAGAACAAAGAAAUUUCAAAAGCGAAGAAGAUAUCUGAAGAAAUAGAGAAACAAGGCGACAAAGUACGAAAUCUAAAAAGCUCGAAAGCCGACAGGAGCGUUAUUGAUCAAGAAGUGAAUGUUCUCUUAAGCCUGAAAAGUGACUAUAAAAAUACGACUGGUCAGGAUUGGAAGCCUACGAAUUCGGAGGCAGCGUCGAAAAAGGAAAAACAAAAUUCUCCCAAGCCCGGAAAGACGUCGGAGAAAGAAGUUGUGAAAAACGCGGAUGUAGUUACAAGCAAAACUGGAACGAGAUUAGGACUGGAGGCGAAGAAGGAAGAGAACUUCUCUGAUUGGUAUUCGCAAGUUAUCACGAAGAGUGAAAUGAUUAAAUAUUGUGACGUGUUGGGAUGCCACGUUUUUCGUCCGUGGAGUUUCUCGAUCUGGAAGAUGAUAAGGAAGUACAUCAACAAAGAGAUAAUGGAACUCGGUGUUAAACAAUGCCUCUUUUCGAUGUUCGGUACUCGUGACGCAUUAGAAAAGGAGAAGGCGCAUAUAACGGACUUUGCGCCGGAAGUCGCGUGGGUAACAAAAUGGAACGAAGACGAUCUGGAGGAGCCCUUAGCUGUACGGCCCACCUCGGAGACUAUUAUGUACCCGGAAUUUGCCAAAUGGCUGAAGUCUGACGACGAUUUACCUCUUAAGCUCAAUCAAUGGUGCAACGUUGUGAGAUGGGAAUUUAAAGAUCCCAAACCGUUUCUACGCACCAGAGAGUUUUUAUGGCAGGAGGGUCAUACCGCGUUUGCUACGCAGACGGAAGCGGAGGAGGAAGUGUUGACCAUUUUAGAUAUGUACGCUAGAGUCUAUGAGGAGUUGUUAGCGGUGCCCGUCAUCAAGGGUUAUAAGACUGAAAAGGAGAAGUUCGCGGGUAGCGAUUAUACCACUACUGUCGAGGCGUUCAUUUCAACUAACGGUCGCGCGAUACAGGGAGCGACGAGCCACCAUCUAGGACAAAACUUUUCGAAAAUGUUUAAUAUCCAAAUAGAAGCGGAUGGAGAAAAAACGUUCGUCUAUCAAAAUUCAUGGGGUUUAACUACACGAACGAUUGGAGUCAUGAUAAUGGUACACGGAGAUGAUCGAGGUUUGGUAUUACCUCCAAAUGUAGCACCAAUACAAGUCGUUGUGAUUCCCUGCGGCAUAGUCGCAAGCAUGUCUAAGUCAAAGAAAGAGGAACUUCAAAAUGAAUGCACCUGUCUGGUCGAGCAACUGAAAAUAAAUAAAUUUAGAGUACGGGAUGAUUUUAGACCUAAUCGAACACCUGGAUGGAAGUUCAACCACUGGGAGCUGAAAGGCGUACCGAUAAGAAUCGAAUUUGGUCCAAGAGAUAUGGAAAGGAAUGAAGUAACACUCGUACGAAGAGAUAACUCGGAGCGAGAAGUUGUUAAAAAAGAUGAGUUAAUUUUAGCGGUAACUUGUAUGCUGAAAAAAGUGCAAGACAGCUUGUUAGAGAGAGCGAAGCACAAGUUAAAAGAGCAUAUUAAACAGGUAGAAAACUGGGACGAAUUCAAACUCGAGCUCGAUAAAAAGAAUUUAUUAUUGUCACCUUUCUGCGGAGAACCGGAGUGUGAAGAUAACAUUAAGCAACAAAGCGCACGACUGAACAUGAUGGACGGAACGGUAACAAUGGGCGCCAAGAGUCUGUGUAUACCGUUGGAGCCAGAAUUGACGAAACUUAUCAACGCCAUCAACGAGUUUGAGCAGCCCACGAAACCCACGAAACCUAUCAACGAGUUAAAAUGUAUUCACCACGAAUGCAAGAAGAAUGCGAAGUUUUAUACACUUUUUGGACGAAGUUACUAACGCAUCCGUAAAAAGUUCACAUACAUUAAAUUUGAUGUUUAACAAAUUUUUUUUACUGAGAUUUUUGUAUUCAAGUAGUAUGGAAUUUAAAGUUUAAUAAUGCAAAUAAGUCUGUUUUUUAUUUACAC